AUGGCGGACGCAGCGGUGGCGAUGCUGCAAGCAGAGGUCAGCCAGUUACAGAGUACAGUGGCAUACUUGGAGCGCUGGUCGUGGAGAAAUUGGCUGGCGGCAGAAACUGCGCUGGAGGCAGCCAGGGCAGCGCGAGAGGAAGCAGCCGCGGCCAAGCGCGUGGCGGACGAGGCGCUGCUGCGGCAGCGGCAGUUGGAGCGGUCGGCGCCGGGCGACGCGGCAACGGCGCCGUGCCCGCCGAGCACAGCGCGGCGGACUAGUCGGACGAGACGGAAGAGGAAGUGGGGCAGUAAGGCAGCGGCCACCAGCCGCUCGGCGCGUACGGGCCCGCCGACCGCGCGUGCGUGGCGGGAGUUUGCCGGUGAGUUGUUGCGCAAAAUGGAAAAAGGGGCGCGGCAGCGGGGGAACGGCAUGCGUGCAGUGAAGCGCCCAAGUCAAUCACAAAAGGGCGGUGAGCAAGGCCGGCGUGUUUGGAAGGGCAUGGGGCAAGAAGAGGACGGACAAGCACAAUGCGACGAGAAAGCAAACGAGGAGUGGAUGAUGAACAUGGACCCGCCAGAGUUUGGCUCAAGCGCGGCCAGAGCGGUGCGCAGCGUUGCAGCGCGAGGCAAACCCACAAGCGGCCGCGCGAGACUCAUGGCGCUAUCCUGCUUGGUGCUGGUGGAUAGCACCGGCUUUGGCUGGCUUGAAGCCGGCAACCAAGCAGCAAGGGGUGCGGGACUGGCAGAUCGCCGCAAUGGCACGGUGGCUUGCAUUUCGUGUGGUGGAAGUUUGGUGAAAGACGGCCAAGCCAGGCUGAGCAUCUUGUGGCUGCUGAAAGCAGCUUUGAUGGAGGGCUUCUUUGGCGACAUCGAUGGCGAUCGGCCGGUGUGCUGCCGGGCAGUCCCUGCCGAGCGGUCCGUCCCAGGUCGUGUGUACGGUAGCCUGGUUCAAGCACGGAAAGAAUGGGGCGUCGCAGAAGCGGGCCCGUCGAUCAUGGACAGUGCCGGAGCCCGGUACGGUGGGCAAAGCCAGACCUUGCAUUUCCAACCUUCAGUGGCGGCCGAGGGCAUGGAGGAGGUGGUGGCUGCGGCCGUGCAUGCGUUCCCGGUGCGGCCUCGCGAUACGCUGGAUGUAGUCCUAUGCUGCGGCUGGAACUGUGAUGGGGCAACGUUGCCGCUGGAGUGCUUUGCUGCCAAAACGUUGACAGCCGCCAGGACGUGGAAAGAGUUCGUGCGGGAGGUGUUGACACAGGUCUUGGACAAGCCGCCUUUUGUGCAGGUGGCAGCUUGGUUGGAAGAGCCGCCGGCCGUCCUGUAUCAGACGUACAAGCAAGACCAUGCACCAGCCCGCGAGAUGUGCGAGCGCCACAUCGGCCGGCUCCGACGCAUCUACGUGGACGAUGAGCAGUGCGUGGCCGACGUGGUCGCCUUGGGUGGCGCAUGGCUGAAAGAAAAGUACGAGAGCUAUCAACGAGGGAGCCACCGCUGUGAUAUGUGGAGGUACAUCAAACUCCGUCAAAACGGAGGGAACUACUUGGACAUCAAGAUGGCUUUGGCGCGGCCGUGGGCAGAGACAUUGCAAGCAAUUCUCGCGGCGGGCGAUCAGACGGCCGAGGGUCGGAGCGUUGCUCAGACUUGCCAAAUGGCACGGCAGAGCGCUGCGCCGCUCAGUUUGGCAACGACGCCGUACUUGGUGAUGAGCAUCGGGGCAAACAAGCGGCACAUCUACCAGGGCAACAUCUGGCACGCAAGCAAGUCGCAUCCGCUCCUGACACAUGCAGUGCAAAAGGUGCUUACAACGAGCCAGGCCUCGCUACGAAGCCGAUACCUUUUGUUUUGCGAGCAGUUGUGGGAGGCUCUUACGCAAUCCUUGCCGCAGGGCAUACAACCAGGGUGGAACUUCUCGGUGCGUUGGGGUCCGAUCUAUCUCUUCGAGGAAGUGCUCCACAAGGGCUAUACCGGCCCAAAGGGGCAGCUGUGGACGGAUAGCUGUCACGUCAGCAUGCCGGUUGACGGCCAUUUCAUGCAUCUGGCGGGUGGAAGAGGAGUGUACGCUGCAACGCGAGCAUGGCACUGGCAGCACGGUUUCAAGGAAGUUGUCCUGGCAGUGGCCGACGCUAAGCAGGCGUUUGCGAACGCGGCGACGGAGGCGGAGCAGGAGGCCGCGGCAGCCGAGGCAGCGUCGACGGCAGAGUCCAGGGACACGGCGGAAGUCACGGCCGCCGAAGACCAGGCGUUGGAAGAGCAACGGGAAGAGGACUUGACGGAAGAAGGCCUGACCGAGAUUUUGGGCAUCGCCAGAACCACGUACUACGAGGCGUUGACCGAAGCGGAAGUGCGCACUUUCGUUGGCUUGGGGUUGUGCCUCUCCAAGCGGCGCCCAGAAGGGUGGCUGAGCUGUCGGUAUUGCAAAACCACCCGGCGACGCACCUAUUGCUUCCAAGGAGCUGACCAAGUGCGGGAGCACUUUGUGAACCAUGCCGCAGGUGGACUAGGCCGUCGAACGGAACCAGCGCCGGCGGUGGGGGUCGAGGCGGCGGUCGUGGCGGACGAGGUGGCGAGCGUGUGGGCAGGCGCGCCGCCGGCUUGGGCCCCGGGAGAUGCAGCGGCGCGUCUCACUGCCGCGCGUGCGGCGCUCCCGCGGCCGACGGCAGCAGAGUUGCUGACAACGGCAUUCCUGCAGGCGGUAGGCAGCCAGAGCGUUGCUCAGGCAAGCGUCAUAGGCUUCGACACGAUAGGCAAAGAAGUGGCGUUCUGCCGACAAGUGGCCGCAGUGGCGGCGGCGGCCGCCGGCGACGACCUGGCGCGUUUCCGGGCCGAACUCGGCGGUGUGGCAGAGGUGCCGUCGCGGUUGGCAGCCGUGCGCACCCGAACCAAUGACUUCGGCAGUGACUGGGCGACCUUCACCGGCGAGGAGCAAGUCCGGACCCAAUUGCACGCGCCGGGCGACUGCAGAGUGCGAAGCGCAGACGGGGCAAGCCAAAGCCUCACCAUGACGGCGUAUGCAACGGCGGUGCUGAAGUUCAUGCUGGGUGGCUUGCAAGAAGAGUUGAGCGCCGUCAACGCCACACCUGCCCAGACAAAAGCCGUGUGGCGUGGGGUGGCCGUGCACAUGAAUGGCCUCUGGGCAAGCGAGCACCUCCGGAAUCGCUUGUUGGAAACGGCCGACCAGCAGAAACUGAAGUAUUCGCUGGACCCUUUCACUGAGGAGAUGCAGUACCGGGCGGGUUGUGACGCUAGAUCGGCUCGCCGCAAAGCAUCGGCGAAGCCUUCCAAUAAGAGCCGUCGCGCGCCGACACAUCGCUAG